AUGAGCCGAGAGGGGGAUUGGGAGGGCGCCCUGGAAAUGCUGCAGCGCAUCAGGGACAAGGGGAUGAAGCCUUCCAUGUCGACCCACAUGGACGUGAUCAGCGUGUGCAGACGAGCCCUGGAGUGGGACCAGGCAUCCAAAGCCUACAGAGAGAUGAUAGAGGCACAUCUGACGGAUCACCCGUUCGACGACAUGGCCUGCCAAGACUACGAAGACGAGUCCAACCACGUAUUCGCGAGGGCGUGCGGGAUAGUGGCGGGGAUGCAGGCCGACGCCGGCAUCAAGCCGAACAACGGGACUUACAGGGCUCUGCUGCAGCUCUGCAAAGACGAAGGGAGCUGGGAGGCGGCAAUCCUGCUGCUGGAGCACUCCCGGCGAUCCAAGGCCAAGCUUAACCUCUUCUCCUUCGACCUUCUCAUCACGACCGUGGCGAAGCAAGGGUACAAGGAAGUAAGCACCAUGCUGUACGAGCUGGGAGUUGUAGAUGCAGACCGGGCGUUACUCGAGACCGAGGGGAACGGGGACGGGGACGGGGACGGGGACGUGGAGUGGCCGAAGUGGCCCCUCAAGGUCGGGCGCACAGGCGGAGCGAUACUUGAGCUGCACGACCUCACCCAAGGCAUCGCGCUGGAGACGGUGCAAGUGGCGUUGUUGGAUGUUAUUCGGAGGCCUUUGCGACGGCCAUACUGGAGUGGAGACAAGCGGUGGCGGAUAAUCACCGGCAUGGGGAACAACAGCAAGGACAGGGAGGCUAUCAUCAAGCCCGCAGUCGUGGAGCUGCUGGAGGACUUGGGCCUGAGGCCGGAAUUCCAGCAGCGCAACGAGGGAUGCGUCGAGCUCAAGCCCGCAAACCUAGAGGCAUACAUCCGACGGCAGGUCACGAAAGCAUCAGCAGCAUACGUAGAGACUGACUCGCUGUAG